CUCGGCUCCGGCAGCGCGAGUGUUCACUGAGCACAGUGUGCGUGGAGAUUAGGUCGGAGCGCGCGCCCCAGGAAGGCAGUCCGCGAGCUCCAGCCGCCGCCACCAUCAGCAGCAGCCUCCGCUAGCAGAGCCGCGGCGGAAGCGGGCGCAGGGGAGCGAUCGCGCCCGGCCCCGCCAGCCCAGCCCAGCCCAACCCUGCUGACUCCCUUCCCACACCCGGGCAGCAGCUGCCGUCGCCUGGAGAGAAGGUGGAGGAAAAAAAAAAAAUCCAGCCCCUAGCACGCGCGCACCAUCAUGGACCAUUAUGAUUCCCAGCAGACCAACGACUACAUGCAGCCCGAAGAGGACUGGGACCGGGACCUGCUCCUGGAUCCGGCCUGGGAGAAGCAGCAGAGGAAGACGUUCACGGCCUGGUGCAACUCUCACCUGCGGAAGGCAGGGACACAGAUCGAGAACAUUGAGGAGGACUUCCGAGAUGGCCUGAAGCUCAUGCUGCUCCUGGAGGUUAUCUCAGGUGAACGCUUGGCCAAGCCAGAGAGAGGCAAGAUGCGAGUGCACAAGAUCUCCAACGUCAACAAGGCCCUGGAUUUCAUAGCCAGCAAAGGAGUCAAGCUGGUGUCCAUCGGGGCCGAAGAGAUUGUGGAUGGGAAUGUGAAGAUGACCCUGGGCAUGAUCUGGACCAUCAUCCUUCGCUUUGCCAUCCAGGACAUCUCCGUGGAAGAGACAUCAGCUAAAGAAGGUUUGCUCCUGUGGUGUCAGAGGAAGACAGCCCCAUAUAAAAAUGUCAACAUCCAGAACUUCCACAUCAGUUGGAAGGAUGGCCUUGGUUUCUGUGCCUUGAUCCACCGACACCGGCCUGAGUUGAUUGACUACGGGAAGCUUCGGAAGGAUGAUCCACUCACAAACCUGAAUACGGCCUUUGACGUGGCAGAGAAGUUCUUGGAUAUCCCUAAGAUGCUGGAUGCCGAAGACAUCGUCGGAACUGCCCGGCCGGAUGAGAAAGCCAUUAUGACUUACGUGUCUAGUUUCUACCAUGCCUUCUCUGGAGCCCAGAAGGCGGAAACAGCAGCCAAUCGCAUCUGCAAAGUUUUGGCCGUCAACCAAGAGAAUGAGCAGCUUAUGGAAGACUAUGAGAAGCUGGCCAGUGAUCUGUUGGAGUGGAUCCGCCGCACCAUCCCGUGGCUGGAGAACCGGGCGCCUGAGAACACCAUGCAGGCCAUGCAGCAAAAGCUGGAGGACUUCAGAGACUACCGGCGCCUGCACAAGCCGCCUAAGGUGCAGGAGAAGUGCCAGCUGGAGAUCAACUUCAACACGCUGCAGACCAAGCUACGGCUCAGCAACCGACCCGCCUUCAUGCCUUCCGAGGGCAGGAUGGUCUCGGAUAUCAACAAUGCCUGGGGUUGCCUGGAGCAAGCAGAGAAGGGCUAUGAGGAGUGGCUGCUGAAUGAGAUCCGGAGGCUAGAGAGGCUGGACCACCUGGCAGAGAAGUUCCGGCAAAAGGCCUCCAUCCAUGAGGCCUGGACGGAUGGCAAAGAGGCCAUGCUGCGGCAGAAGGAUUAUGAGACAGCCACCUUGUCGGAGAUCAAGGCCCUGCUCAAGAAACACGAGGCUUUUGAGAGUGACCUGGCUGCCCACCAGGACCGCGUGGAGCAGAUUGCAGCCAUCGCACAGGAGCUCAAUGAGUUGGACUAUUACGACUCACCCAGUGUCAACGCUCGUUGCCAAAAGAUCUGUGACCAGUGGGACAACCUUGGGGCCCUCACUCAGAAGCGGAGGGAAGCGUUGGAGAGAACAGAGAAGCUUCUGGAGACUAUCGACCAGCUGUACUUGGAGUAUGCCAAGCGGGCUGCACCCUUCAACAACUGGAUGGAGGGAGCCAUGGAGGACCUUCAAGACACCUUCAUUGUACACACCAUUGAGGAGAUCCAGGGACUGACCACAGCCCAUGAACAGUUCAAGGCCACCCUCCCGGAUGCCGACAAGGAGCGUCUGGCCAUCCUGGGUAUCCACAAUGAAGUGUCCAAGAUUGUCCAGACCUAUCAUGUCAACAUGGCAGGCACCAACCCCUAUACAACCAUCACCCCUCAGGAGAUCAAUGGCAAAUGGGACCAUGUACGGCAGCUGGUGCCCCGGAGGGACCAGGCACUAACUGAGGAGCAUGCCCGCCAGCAGCACAAUGAGAGGCUACGCAAGCAGUUUGGGGCCCAAGCCAAUGUCAUUGGGCCCUGGAUCCAGACCAAGAUGGAGGAGAUUGGAAGGAUCUCCAUUGAGAUGCACGGCACCCUGGAGGACCAGCUCAGCCACCUGCGGCAGUAUGAAAAGAGCAUUGUCAACUAUAAGCCAAAGAUUGACAUGCUGGAGUGUGACCACCAGCUUAUCCAGGAGGCGCUUAUCUUUGACAAUAAGCACACCAACUACACCAUGGAGCACAUCCGUGUGGGCUGGGAGCAGCUGCUCACCACCAUCGCCAGGACCAUCAAUGAAGUGGAGAACCAGAUCUUGACUCGGGAUGCCAAAGGCAUCAGCCAGGAGCAGAUGAAUGAGUUCCGGGCCUCCUUCAACCACUUUGACCGGAAGAAGACGGGCAUGAUGGACACAGAUGAUUUCCGCGCCUGCCUUAUCUCCAUGGGUUACAACAUGGGAGAGGCAGAAUUUGCCCGCAUCAUGAGCAUUGUAGACCCCAACCGCUUGGGGGUAGUGACGUUCCAGGCCUUCAUCGACUUCAUGUCUCGAGAGACAGCCGACACAGAUACAGCAGAUCAGGUCAUGGCAUCCUUCAAGAUCCUGGCUGGAGAUAAGAAUUACAUCACAGCGGAUGAGCUGCGCCGCGAGCUGCCACCUGACCAGGCUGAAUACUGUAUCGCGAGAAUGGCCCCCUACGCAGGCCCCGACUCUGUGCCCGGUGCUCUAGACUACAUGUCCUUCUCCACCUGGCUGCUGCCCCUUGCACUUGGCAGAGAACUUCUUGAGUGUCUGGUGCUGCUGUGCCAGCUCCCCUCAUGGAUGUGA